UAGUGCGAGCCUUGAAGAUCACGGGACUGCUCCAGAAUCAACACAACAACCCAGUUACAGUAGGCUAGAUGCAGCUAGAAUCAUGGUGUUCGAGUCUCUUGUCGCAGACCUUCUUAACAAGUUUAUAGGGGACUAUGUGGAAAAUCUAGACAAGUCCCAACUCAAGCUUGGCAUUUGGGGAGGCAAUGUAGUUCUUGAAAACUUGAAAGUCAAAGAAAAUGCAUUGAGUGAAUUCAAUGUUCCUUUCAAAGUAAAGGCAGGGCAGAUUGGUAAGCUGAUUCUGAAGAUCCCGUGGAAGAAUCUGUACAAUGAUGCUGUAGUGGCAACCUUAGAUGGCCUUUAUCUUCUUGUUGUUCCUGGAGCAAGUAUUAAAUAUGAUGCAGCAAAAGAGGAAAAAUACCUGCAGGAGGCCAAACAGAAGGAACUGCUGCGCAUUGAAGAAACCCUGCAGAUGGCUGCAGAGAGAGAGAAUCCUAAAGAUGAGAAGAAGGAUUCGUUUCAAGAAAAGCUACUGACUCAGGUCAUAAAGAAUCUGCAGGUCAAAAUAACUAACAUUCAUAUCCGAUAUGAAGAUGAUAUUACAGACCCUGAGCAGCCAUUCUCAACAGGUGUUACACUGGAAGAGCUCAGUUUACAGACAGCCGAUGAAAAUUGGAAGCCAUGCAUACUAAACAAUGCGGCCAAAAUCAUCUACAAGCUUGUCUGUUUGGACUGCCUGUGCGCCUAUUGGAACGUGAAGAGCAGAAUGUUUUACCGUGGUUCCCAGGAAGAUAUACUGGGACUGCUGAAAGAAGGAAUUGCUUCAAGUGUCAAGGAGCCCCAAGAUUAUCAGUACAUUUUCAGACCUAUAUUCGCUUCAGCAAAACUCUGCAUCAACCCUCAUGCUGAGAUCGAACUCAAGUCCCCCAAAAUGUACCUUGACAUGGAAGUCCAGAGUAUUGCUAUAGAGAUGACCAGGCCACAGUACCUCAGUAUGAUGGACCUUCUUGAAUCGGUGGAUUGUAUGGUCAAAAAUGCCCCAUACAGAAAAUACAAACCAGAGCUACCACUCCAUAACAAUGCCAGAAAAUGGUGGGGCUAUGCCAUUACUAGCAUAUUAGAGGUCCACAUCAGGAGGCCCACUCAGAUGUGGCUCUGGAGCUCCAUCAAAAAGCACAGACAGCAUCUUCGAGCUUACAAAACAGCUUACAAAACCAAACUAACACAAAGCAAGUGUGGAGAGGAAACACUGAAGCAACUUCAGGACUUGGAAAGAACCCUUGAUGUUUUUAAUAUCACGUUAGCCCGGCAGCAGGCACACGUGGAGGUGGUCAGGUCUGGGCUGAAGAUGUUAGGGACGAAGACUACGCAGAAGGAGAAGCGGGGAGGGGGGUGGUUCGGUGGCUUUUUUGGAAAGAAAGAAGGGAAGAAGAAAGUGCAAGAGGAGGAGUCAUCGGCACCUGAGAGUGUUGAUGAGUUUAUGACUGCAGAAGAGAAGGCUAAACUCUACACUGCAAUCGGAUAUAGUGGCAGCUCCCAUAAUCUCGCUUUGCCCAAAGAGUAUGUUGCCAGUAUUAUGACCUUUAAGCUGCUAAGCACCUCCAUCACUGUACGAGAGGAGCCUGGUGUUCCAGAGACACUGAAGGUGCAGAUGAUUUUCUUGAGUACCAGCAUCUCCCAGCGGCCAGGAGCACAGGCACUGAAAGUGGAAGCUAAGCUGGAACACUGGUAUGUAACAGGGCUCCAGCAGAGAGAUGCUGUUCCUUCUCUCAUCGCUUCUGUAGGAGGUGCCACUUCGUCUUUACUCCAUAUCCAGUUUGAAACCAACCCAGAGGGCAGCACUGCAGACCAGCUGCUAGUCGUCCAGUCUCAGCCCGUUGAGAUUAUUUAUGAUGCCAGAACAGUGAUUGGCUUGGCAGAGUUUUUCCAGUCGGCCGAAGGGAUUGACCUUGAAAUGCUGACUUCUGCAACGUUGAUGAAGUUGGAAGAAAUCAAAGAAAAGACAGCGACAGGUCGCUCACAUAUUAUUGAAACUCAUAAAGUUCUUGACCUCCGGAUCAAUUUAAAACCCUCCUACCUCCUUGUGCCGCAAACUGGUUUCUAUGAUGGGAAAUCAAAUCUCUUGAUUCUGGAUUUUGGUAGUUUGCAGUUAAACAGUGUGGAUCAAGGUGGGCAGCAGCCUCUUUACCCCAGCUUCAACUCUUUAGAAGAAAUCAUGGACAGAGCCUAUGAAAAGUUUGACUUGGAACUCCAGAGUGUCCAACUUCUUUAUUGCAAGUCAGGAGAGAGUUGGAAAGAUGCCUGUCACAAGAAGUCUUCAAAACUUCACAUUCUUCAGCCCAUGGAUAUUAAAGUGCAGCUGGCUAAGUCAAUGGUCGACAUGGAUGCCAGAAUGGCUAAAUUUAAAGUAUCAGGAGAACUUCCUCUGUUGCAUGUGAGGAUGUCAGAUCAAAAAAUCAAAGAGGUCAUGGAGCUGACUGAAAGCAUCCCAUUACCACAGAGGCCAUCUACCCCGACUGACACAGCUAAGAAGGUACCAGCUAUUUUUUUAGCAGAUGGUAGAACCAAAGUACGUUUUGAAAAAAGCUUGAAUGCCGCAGUGCUACUGGAAGCUGGUGAUACAGCAUCUGAAGAGGAUAUCAGUGGGCACUCCCCAGGCAGACAUGAUCAGCUGGCGUUACCAGGAGGUGAUGCACAGGUGGAGCUCACUGACCUGCAGCUCAAGUUUGAAAUUAAAGAGGUACUUGUAGAACUCACACAGCAGGAAAGCCAGGAGACUGUGCUGGCUCUGAACAUUGCUCAGCUGGGAACUGAAGUCAAACUUCGACCUUAUGAUUUAACAGUUACCUCCUAUUUAAAGAAAGUCAACUUGGAUUACUGUGAAAUAAGAGAUCCCCAAAAUCAGCCUAUUCAUUUAAUUAGUUCUUCAGAUAAACCUGGCUCAGACCUUUUGAAAGUAGAAUUCAUUAAGGCUGAUAACAAUGGUCCUAACUUCAAAGCAACGUUCGAUAAUACUGAACAAACGCUAAAGGUGGCAUUCUCUUCGCUCAACCUCCUGCUGCACACCCAAGCCCUGCUCUCCACCAUCAGUUUCAUGACAGCUGCAGUCCCUUCAGGCAUUACACAGUCAGCGGGGAAGGAUCAGCAGCCAAAGUCACAAGGAGGGGACUCUGAGAAAGGGACUGUUGCAAAGACAGUGUCAAAAGGAUCAAAGGACAAGGAUAUCUUUGAUUUGAAGGUGUUUGCCAUGCUGGAUUCUUUCCAUGUUGCUGUGUGUGACGAGAGACGCAAAAUUGCUGAUAUAAAAGUCCAAGGUUUAAAUGCGUCUGUAUUUGUCCAGACAAGAGAGACACGAGUUUCUGCUAGACUCCGAGAUAUCAUUGUGACAGACAUCGAUUCAAGCACUAUCCACCAAAAGGCGGUCUCCAUCGCGGGGGAUGAAGUGUUCAGUUUCAACAUGGCGCUGUAUCCGAAUGCUACCGAGGGAGAUGCCUACACCGAUACCUCCAACGUGGAUGGGAAGGUGACUCUGAGAGUGGGCUGCAUUCAGAUUGUCUACCUGCACAAGUUCCUGAUGUCUUUGUUGAAAUUUGUUGAUAACUUCCAGACAGCAAGGGAGGCCUUGAGUGUGGCCACAGUACAGGCUGCAGAGAAAGCUGCCUCCAGCGUCCGGGAUUUCGCCCAAAAGAGCUUCCGCCUCUCCAUGGAUAUCAAGCUGAAGGCUCCAGUGAUCAUUAUCCCCCAGUCCUCCAUCUCCCAGAAUGCAGUGGUGGUGGACCUGGGGCUGAUCACCGUGCAGAACCAGUUCUGUCUGGUCCCUGCAGACAGGGGCUCUCUGCCUCCAGUCAUUGAUAAAAUGAAAGUGCAGCUAACAGAGCUGAAGCUUUCCAGGGUUGUUCUGCAAGGGGGCUCCUCUCAGCCCGACAUUGAACUAUUGCAGCCAAUAAACCUAGACCUGACUGUGAACCGAAAUCUCGCUGCUUCUUGGUACGACAAAGUCCCUGCAGUGGAGAUCAAGGGAUGGUUAGAGAUCAUGAAUGUUGUUCUAAGCCAAGAGGAUCUUGGAGUUCUGAUGAAAAUUUUGGUUGAAAACAUUGCAGAAGGCAGUAAAGAACUAAGUGGAAAAAACCUGACCAAUGAAAAAGCUGAAGAUAGAAGUAAGACAUCAGGGAUGAUCAAACUAUUAUCCAGUGCAGCAGGCGAGACAGGAAGCCCGCUGGUGAACGUCAACACAAGUAUCUGUGAAGAAGUUGCUAAAGUGCUCCUCGACUUUGAAAUCAAGGAGGUGGUGGUGAAGCUUACCAAGCCAGUGAAAGAGAAAGAGUAUCCAUUCCUGGUACUGCAUGUGUCAAAGCUUGGGACUGAAGCUAGAGUGAAAAACUAUGACAUGGGUGCCACUGCCUAUCUAAAGAAAAUCAGCAUGAAGUACCUGGGAUUUACAGGUGAACCUCUCAAUAUCAUCAGGUCUUCUGAUGAGCCGGGAGCGGAUCUCCUGAAAGUGGAAUAUCACAAGGCUGACAAAAAUGGGCCAGACUUUAAAACUGUUUACAACAACACUGAGCAGAUGAUCACUGUGGCCUUUUCAUCUCUUGACCUGCUGCUGCACACACAGGCCCUUCUCUCCAGCAUUAACUUCCUAACAGCUGCCAUGUCUUCAAGCAGCUUGCCCUCUGCUGAUAAGGAGCGAGAAUCGAAGAUACAGGCUGAAGGACAAAGCAAGAGCUCAGCAAUAAAGCCUGUGUCUGCUGGUCCAGAAACUGAUGGUGAUGUCAUUGACCUUAAGCUCACUGCUAAGCUUGGUUCGUUUAAUGUAUUUGUAUGUGAUGAAAACUGUGAUAUUGCUGACAUUAGGAUACGGGGUAUUGAUGCCUCAGUUUCAAUGCAGUCGUCUCAAACUCAAGUUUUCGCCCGACUUAGAGAUAUCAUUGUCACAGAUGUUGACUCAAAGACUAUCCACAAAAAGGCGGUCUCCAUCGCUGGAGAUGAAGUGUUCAGUUUCAGCAUGGCACUGUAUCCGAAUGCUACAGAGGGAGCUGCCUAUACCGAUACCUCCAACGUGGAUGGGAAGGUGACCCUGAAAGUGGGCUGCAUUCAGAUUGUCUACCUGCACAAGUUCCUGAUGUCUCUGAUGAAUUUUUCAAAUAACUUCCAAACUGCAAAGGAGGCCCUGAGUGUCGCCACAGCACAGGCCGCAGAGAAAGCUGCCUCCAGCGUCCGGGAUUUCGCCCAGAAGAGCUUCCGCCUCACCAUGGAUAUCAAGCUGAAGGCUCCAGUGAUCAUCAUCCCCCAGUCCUCCAUCUCCCAGAAUGCAGUGGUGGUGGACCUGGGGCUGAUCACCGUGCAGAACCAGUUCUGUCUGGUCCCUGCAGACAGGGGCUGUCUGCCUCCAGUCAUUGAUAAAAUGGAUGUGCAGCUAACAGAGCUGAAGUUGUCCAGAAUUCUCCUACAGCAAGGUUCAGUUCAGCCUAAUAUUGAGUUACUGCAACCAGUCAACUUGCGAGUGUCUGUGAAGAGAAACCUCGCGGCUGCCUGGUACCAGAAGAUACCAGCAAUAGAAGUCAAUGGAGACCUGAAACCUAUGAAGGUGGCCCUAAGCCAAGAUGACUUAACUGUCCUAUUAAAAAUUGUGAUGGAAAAUAUUGGAGAAGCUGCAGAUCCACAGACAGAUACCAAGACAUCUGCUGAUAGUGUGCAACAGCAAGGCGGAGCUCAGUAUGGGUCAGAUCUGCCCAAAGGUAAGAAACACAAAACAGAUCUUGGGAUAUAUUCCUAAAGCAUAUUUAUAAUGAACUCGCUGGUUUGUAUUCUAAGUCAACCAUACGAAACGCUGAAAUUUGAUUUUAACUUUGAAUCGCUUUCCUUGGUGCUUUACAACAGUGAUCCUACGCUGAAAGCACCGCUUUCCCAAAGACAGGAUAGACUACGUCUUGGAGAAUUCAUCUUGCACCUAAUGACCGCAUCUGGGAAAAUGUUUGAAGAUGGGGCCUUAGAGGCCUCUACAAAACUCACUGCCUGUACACUGGAUGAUUGUAGGCAGGGGAUCCAGAGGGUCACCUCAAGAAUGGUUGACAAGAAGGAUGAUGGGGGUGACAGUGUCAUGAUCGAUCUGAGUUUUACCCAGCGCCAGGGUGAGAGUUCAGUGGUAGCUGUGCUCCAGAAGCUGUACGUCUGUGCCAGUGUGGAGUUCCUGCUGGCCGUGGCUGAUUUCUUCAUCAAAGCUGUGCCACAGGGUCCAACACCAACCCCUGACAAAUCCAACCAGCUGCAGCUGAAACAAUUGAAUGUGCCAAGGGCAGCCUCAGAAAAGGCCCCUGAUUCUUCUCGCCCCAAGAUGAAUAUAAAAGCUGUUGUUAUCAACCCUGAGGUUGUGUUUGUGGCCAGCCUGAUGAAGGCUGAUGCUCCAGCGCUUGCUGCCUCUUUCCAGUGCGAUUUCACCCUUGUAUUGGAGGGAGCAUCUCAAAAAGUUACAGCAAGUUUGCGGGAGCUGAAGGUCCUGGCCUGCCCUUUCCUCAGAGGCAAAGGAGACAAGGCUGUCACCACAGUGUUGCGACCUGCUUGUUUAACUCUUGAAGCCAGAAUGCAUCAAACAGAACCUCUGACUGCAGCUGUCACAGUGGAUGCAAUUAUUGUUAAGAUUUCCCCAGUGAUUCUCAACACUGUCAUGACUAUCAUGGCUGCCAUGACACCCAAGGCCCAAGAUUUGGGGUUGCAGGAGAAGACUGGGGAUGUUAGCAACUUGUGGGCCGUGAAGAAUCUUAACAAUUGCAGUUAUUGGUUUCUGGGGGUGGAGGUGGCCAGUGAGGUCACAGAUAAGUUCAGCUAUAGAGAAGGCAGAGGUUUCGGGGAGAACUUGGUUGUUGAUGUCAAGUUGGUUCAGGUCACCAUGGAGUCUGGUCUGGGCCAUCACACUGUUCCAUUGCUCUUGGCUGAGUCAUCCUUCAAAGGAAAAGCCCAGGACUGGACUUAUUUACUUAAUAUCAGUGCAGACAUGACCUUGGAGGUCCAUUAUUACAAUGAAGUGCAAGCUGCAUGGGAACCUCUCAUUGAACGUGUGGAAGAUGGCAGAAGACGAUGGAACUUGAAGCUUGAGAUGAAGAAUAAUCCCAUUCAGGAUAAAAACCCAGUGCCAGGAGAUGAUUUUGUUAUUCUCCCUGAAGCCCAGACUGCUAUCAACAUCUGCUCAAAGGACACAAUGAACAUAACCAUAUCCAAAUGCUGUCUUCAUGUAUUCACUAACCUAGCCAAGGCUUUCUCAGAAGGCACCGCUACAACGUUUGACCACUUGUUAAAAGAAAAGGCCCCAUACACCAUAAAAAACUCCCUUGGCAUCCCCCUGGAAGUGCAGCACAGCAGCAAUCUGCAGGCCCUCGGCUCAGGGGCGAAGGAAAGGAUUCAUGAAGUGGGAGUAGGGCAGAGUGUGAAGCUGGAAUAUGCUGCCAUCGAGCAUAUUCACAGUGGGAGGCUGUCUGCACUCCAGCGCCAGGAAAGCUGCCUCUUCAGUCUCAGCAUUGUUCCCCAUGGUUACAGUGAAAUAGCAAAUAUUCCAGUAGCUAAACCCUCUCGUCGUCUCUACAAUGUCCGCAGUCCUAUGCUUGAGGAUUCUGUGUCAGUGCUCACACAGAUAGAUGCAACCGAAGGCAAUAAAGUUAUAACUGUCCGCUCACCCCUUCAGAUAAAGAACCAUUUCUCCAUUCCAUUUGCCAUUUACAAGUUUUCAAUGAAGACCAGAUCACUGGAACCUGUUGGUGAAGCAGAGCCUGAAAAGGAGUUCCACGUGCCUUUGGAUUCAUACAGGUGCCAGCUGUUUCUGAGACCAGUGGGGAUGUUGGAUGGCCAGUUUAAGGAGUCCUCCACAUUCAUAGCGUGGAAGGAGGAGCUUCACCGGAGCUCAGAGGUCCGGGCUGUGCUGCAGUGCCCCUCCAGGGAGAUAAAUUACCUGCCAUUCAUGGUGAACACUGUCGCUGUCCCAGAUGAACUGAGCUUCAUCUCCAGCCAUGGGGAGGAGGAUUGGGACCCAGCCUACCUCAUUCAUCUCCGCCCCACUGUGACCAUCCGAAAUUUACUACCAUACACUGUUUGCUACCUUCUUGAGGGAGCAGCAGAGACUCAUGAACUGGCAGAAGGGAGCUCAGCUGAUGUCCACAGUGCCAGGAUUAGUGGGGAGAUCAUGGAUCUUGUCCUGGUGAAAUAUCAGGGCCGGAACUGGAAUGGCCAUAUGAAGAUCCAUCAAGGACUGCCGGAGUUCUUCCUUGUGUGCUUCACCAGCGACUCUCUGGACAGCCUGAGUGUGGAUCUGAGUGUUCACGUGGGGCGAGCGAACGGGCAGAUGGUCUUGUCUGUGUUCAGCCCAUACUGGAUCAUUAACAAGACCGCCCGGGUCCUCCAGUAUCGCGCCGAGGAGAUCCAAAUAAAGCACCCUUCCGACUUCCGAGACGUUAUCCUCUUCUCUUUCAAAAAGAAAAAUAUCUUUCGUAAGAACAAGGUUCAGCUGUGUGUUUCAACUAGUUCCUGGUCCAGUAGCUUUUCUUUGGACACAGUAGGGAGUUAUGGAUGUGUAAAGUGCCCUGCUAACAACAUGGAGUACCUUGUUGGAGUGAGUAUCCAGAUGAGCAGUUUUAACCUGACCCGGAUUGUGAUAAUGAGCCCAUUCUACACACUGGUGAACAAGUCCUCCUUUGAACUGGAGGUGGGAGAAGUGCAGACCACAGGAACUGUAACAAAUGGGAAAUGGCACUACAUUGGUGCAGCUGAGUGUCUUCCUUUGUGGCCAGAAACUACAACAGGAAAGUUGUGUGUUCGGGUUGUAGGUUCAGAAACGACAUCCAAAUCCUUUUUCUUUAACAAGCAGGAUAACGGUACCUUGCUGGGCAUGGAUCUGUGUGGAGGAAUUAUAGCAGCUGUAAACAUUGCAGACCAUGCCACAGUGAUCAGUUUCUCGGACUACUAUGAAGGGGCUGCCCCAGCACUCAUUAUAAACCACAUGUUGUCGCUGACGCUGAAGUAUCAGCAAAGUGGGAGCGAGGGGCUUGGGAAAGAGGAGCUGAAACCUGGAGAGGCUAAAUUGUUUGCUUGGAAUAAUCCGGCUGCCAUUAGGAAACUGAGCUGGAGUUGCUCGCAGCAAACCGGAGAGCUCGAUCUGCUAAAGGAUGAGAGUGGGCAAUUCUCUUAUAAUCAGAACACUCAGAUUCACUGGGUUUCCUUCCUGGAUGGGCGCCAGCGAGUCCUGCUCUUCACAGAAGAUGUUGCCAUAGUUACCAAAGCGAGACAAGCAGAGGAGAUGGAGCAGUUUGAGAAAGAGAUCAGCAUGUCUUUUCAGAAUCUAGGGCUAUCCCUCAUCAACAAUGAAAACAAACAGGAGAUCUCUUACAUUGGAAUCACUAGCUCUGGGGUUGUUUGGGAGAUGAAGCCCAAGCAGAGAUGGAAACCAUUCAAUCAGAAGAAUAUAAACCUGCUGGAACAGACUUAUCAGAAGCAUUUAUCUGCCAAAAAGCAGCCUGGCUGGAUUAAGUUAGAGAACAAUUUUGAGGUUAACUUCACCAAGAUUCCAAUGGAGAUGCGUUUCCCAUUCGCCUGCCACAUCAGGCGAAACUUCUUGUCAGGAAUUCAGGUUGAGUUCAAGCAGUCCCCCCACCAAAGAAGCUUACGAGCUCAGUUGCACUGGCUUCAGGUUGAUAACCAACUGCCGGGUGCUAUAUUUCCUAUAGUGUUCCACCCUGUACCUCCUCCCAAGUCCAUUGCCCUUGAUUCAGAACCAAAGCCUUUUAUUGAUGUUAGCAUCAUCAGCAGAUUUAAUGAGCAUAGCCAAGUGAUGCAGUUCAAGUACUUUAUGGCCCUUGUUCAAGAAAUGGUUCUGAAGAUAGACCAGGGAUUUCUAGGAGCCAUUAUUGCCCUGUUUACACCAGCGGCAGAUUUACAAGCUGACAAGCAAAAGACAAAGCUCAUUGAGCAGGAUCUUGAAGCCCUAAAAGCAGAGCUAAUGGAAACAUCAAUAACAGAUACGUCAGGACUCAGCUUCUUUGAGCACUUCCAUAUCUCCCCUAUUAAGCUCCAUUUGAGCCUGUCGCUCGGCUCAGGAGAGGAGUCUGAUAAGCAGGAUAUGGUAGCGAUCCAAUCCAUCAACCUCUUAUUGAAAAGUAUAGGGGCAACUUUAACAGACGUCGAUGACCUGAUCUUCAAACUUGCUUGCUUUGAAGUCAGAUACCAGUUCUACAGAAGGGACCAACUGAUGUGGACUGUGAGCAGACAUUAUGCUGAACAAUUUCUGAAACAGAUGUAUGUGCUUUUAUUGGGUCUGGAUGUUCUUGGGAAUCCAUUUGGACUGAUCAGAGGACUUUCUGAGGGAGUAGAGGCCUUCUUCUAUGAACCUUUCCAGGGCGCUGUUCAAGGUCCUGAAGAGUUUGCCGAGGGAUUUGUUAUUGGAGUAAGGAGUCUUCUAGGCCACACUGUAGGGGGUGCAGCAGGAGUAGUGUCACGAAUCACGGGCUCUGUUGGAAAGGGACUAGCCGCCAUCACCAUGGAUAAAGAAUACCAGCAGAAACGCAGGGAGGAGAUGAACCGCCAGCCUAAGGAUUUUGGAGACAGUCUGGCCAAAGGAGGGAAGGGCCUGCUUUGGGGGGUGGUUGGUGGAGUGACAGGGAUCGUUACAAAACCUGUAGAAGGUGCUAAGAAGGAAGGAGCAGCUGGGUUCUUUAAAGGACUCGGUAAAGGUCUGGUUGGAGUCGUGGCUCGACCGACGGGUGGCAUUGUAGACAUGGCCAGCAGCACCUUUCAAGGAAUACAGAGAGUUGCCGAGUCAGCUGAAGAAGUAUCUAAAAUACGCCACCCACGUCUCAUUCGGGAAGAUGGACUCAUCCGACCUUUCAACCAGGUAGAUGCAGAGGGAUACGACUUGUUUCAGAGGUCGGAGAUUAAGAAGUUGGAAGGGGAGCUGUUCCGGGAGCACUGUAAAGUCCCAGGCAGCUGGAAAACAAGCCUUGUUGUGACUAACAGGAGAGUGAUGUGUUUGAAGGAGAUAGAUUUUGUGGACCACAUCAACAAAGACUGGGAGUGCUUGUUUGAAAAUUUUACCCGCCCCCCCUCACUGCAAGGAAACUCUUUGAAUAUAUACACCAAGGAUCAAGGAAUAAAAAGGUUUUCGAACAAAGACAGCCAGGAUUCAGUGAGAGAAGUGCCUCUCCAAGAUCCUGACAUUGCCAGGAAAAUGUGCAGUGCAAUCGAUGAAGCUAAAACUUCCAGACAACAGCACCAGCUAGUAAAACAGAAAUCCCGUCGAUUUAUUAAACAGAACACAUUGCCCUGAGGUCAUAUUGUCCUGAGGUCACAAGUACUGCCUCCAAGUCUGACGUUUAUCUGAUCUGAUUUUUUUUUUUUUCUGGUUUUGUGUUUACAAUCGAGUUUACAAAUUAUAUGAUAUAAAAAAAAGUAAAAGCACAUAUUACAAGGAGAAAUUGAACAAACAUAAAAUAUUGGACUGAGGGGUGUAAACUCUUUUUUUGGUGUUUUGUUUUUUUGGUUUGGUUUAUUUUGAAGAAUUAAAAUACAAUAAAUUGUUUUAAAAGGUUGUGAUUUUUUUUUAUUACCCAUAGCUAAAAACAAAAAUAGAUUAUUUUUUUGCUGGACUUAGCAGCAUAGAGUACACAUCUGCUGCACAGACAUGCUGCCAAAAUGGAAACACCUAUAAGAGUACAAUUCACAAUGGUUUAGUGCCCACAAUAUCUCACAGUUUGAGGUAUGAGCUCAUGUUAUUAAGUCUGGAUUUUCAGUUUUCUAAAGAACGCCAAGCAAGGCAAGUACAUUGACACAGAGACAUCUGUUGUUUUUUUUUUUCAGUUGUACAUGUGGAAGUUUCGUACCGCUUGAAACCAAAGUGUUUUAAUCCUAGUGGUAUCCAGGUUGUCUUUAUAGUAAUCUGCCCAUUUCAUCCAUGUUAAAAUGCCUGACCUGGCUGAUUGGUAACGACAUCUGUUUUUGAAUGCCUCAAAAACCUUACAAGUAAGGUAUGGAUUUGAGGUAUUUCGAAGUUUAAUCUAAUAACAAAUCAAUAUCCUUAUCAUUUUAAAUAGGUACAUUAAACUUGAUAUUGAUGUGUUAGUUCAUUUACAUGGGUAAUGUAGGAAUGGCAUUAAUUAAAAUUAGAUUUAUUAAAGUUUGCCUUUGAAACAAUAAAUAAGCAAAUGCAUCUAGAAAAUUACUAUAGGUGAUUUAAUCAAACAAACAGGUUAUGCUGUCCCUUUACUGAGACUAUUACCCUAUUGUACACUCUAUUGCACUAAAUGCACAGGAUAUUGGAAUGAUGAAUGUUGAUAUUGUACUUGGUUUUCUUUUGUUACGCCAUGUAAUAUAAAUGAGAUAGUUUGUACCACUAGUUAGAUCAGGAUCAACUGUGUAUGUCACUUCAGCAUCUGUGAGCCUGGCAAUGCACCAGCUUCAGGUAUGCAAGCAUUCCAUUUCCUUUUGCACUAAGAAAAUGAUCAAGUGCCUUAAUUACUUUAUCAACAAAAAAUAAAAAAAGGCUUUGGGAUAUCAUUUCUCAAAAUAUUGUACUGUAUACAAAUAAACCUUGCUGAAAAACCUGAAAAA